UCCUUGGUUGGGUACAGGAAAUUACUCUAACUUUGGCAUUGUUUUCAAUCUGUAGUUUACUUUUCCACCAGUAUCUUUGUUUAAAAUUGUAGGAUUGCAUUUUGUUCAUUAGCCUCUGAUCAGGCACAUUUAACACACAUCUGCCUGAAGCUUGAUAUCUGGCUUCUGUUUAGCAUUAGUUCAGUGCUGUCUGCAAAGAGGCAGUUAUGUAAGCCUGGGAUUUGUGUUUUCAGAUGUCUUUGCAAUUUAGGUAAUCAACCAGCUAUUUAUAUUUCCAUUUUGGACUACAGCUGUUCCUGUGAUGAAGGUGAUUUGCUGCACUGAGCAGGAAGUCUUCCAGAAAUGGUGUCGCCGAAAAGGUCAACUGCGAAGAGAUCAUAUGAAAAAAAAGAAGAAAGAAAGACUGGAUGGAAUUUUGUUUGGAUCAGGAGAUCACUGAACUGUAAGGGAGCACUGCUGUUGGGGUGCCUUUUCUGUUUAAUUAUUGGCAACCUUUUUCUGUAUCGAUAUCUUGACCUUAUUUAUCAAAUGGUGCCAGUUCAUGAGGACCACACUGGACCGUGCAGGCAUGGAUUCUUCAAAAUCGGUGCAAUGAGGAACUGUACUCCAUGGCUCACUUGUGAAGCUGUGAGGAAGGAAGUUAGGCGACUGAAACUUGUUGGUCAAGGAGCAGUUAAGAAGGUUUUCCUUUCUGACUGGAAGGCAAAUAAGGUUGCAGUUUCAUUGCUGUCAUCUCCAGAGUAUGAAGAUGACUUUCUACAUGGUCUGGAAAUGCUGAAAUCGUUGCAGGGCAAAGGUAUCAUUGCAUUGGUUGGAUUUUGUGAGGAGGAACAUGCAAUUGUAACUGAGUAUCAUCCACAUGGCUCUCUUAUUAAUAUUAACAUGGUACUAAACCUUCCCCAGUAUCAGAGCUUUAACACAUGGCAGACACGAUUUGAACUAGUGCUGGAAUAUGUGAGCAUCAUCAGUUAUCUACAUGAUAGCUCAGUUGGUACCAGAGUGAUGUGUGACUCCAAUGAUCUGAACAAAGUGCUGUCCCAGUACUUGCUAACAGCUGAUUUUCAUAUUGUGGCAAAUGACAUUGAUGCCCUCCCACUUGUUGACAGACCAGGUGGUAUUCUCAUUAAAUGUGGCCAUCAGGAACUAGGUGGCGACUUUGUGGCUCCUGAGCAACGAUGGCCAUAUGGAAACGAGAUUCCAUUUUCUGAUGAUCUAAUGCCUCCCUACGAUGAGAAAACCGAUAUUUGGAAAAUCCCAGAUGUGACUAAUUUUCUUCUGGGUGAUGUAGAAGGAAGUGAUGUUGUCAGGUUUCAUUUGUUUGAGAUCCACAGAAGUUGCAAAACAGCAAAUCCAUUUGAAAGACCUUCAGCACACACAGUUUGGGAUUUUUAUAAAACUGUUUUAGGGCAGCUGUUGAAAGAAACUGUUGUGUCUGAUAUACGUGACAUGUUGUAACCUGUAAUUUUCUUUUUUCUGCUUAACAUGAAUCGGUGUCUUAGGAAUUAAAAGUCAUCUGCUCAACUGGUUGCCUGAAGCAUUUAAACAGAAAUGUGAGAUAGAUAUAAAAUGAAUACAGGAGACUUCACAAGUAAGUCUGAUUGCAGAUGUCCGUAUUACAGCAUAGUAUGCUGUACAUGUAGCUCUGGUUUAAAAGAAGCUCUGUGAUAUGAAGAGAUGUGUAGCAAAAAUUCUUUUAUGUGUUAGCUUGUAAUCUCAUGUUAGUUACUUGAAUGGUGUUUGAUACAGUUAAAACCAGUAUAUUUUUAAUGCCAUGUAACUUUUUUGAAGAAGCAAAGGAUGGUGAAAUGUAAUUGUCUCAGUUUCCCCUGUGUGUGUAAUUAGGCACAAGGUAUGCCUGAGUUGAAUAUGAUGCUGCAAAGCAGUUGACUGUGACCAAUAAAACAAUCACUGACUGGAUAAUA